AUGACGAUCAAUACCAUAGAACCGGUUGAAAAGCUGCCUUUGAAAGGCGCUGGGAUCGCCAAUUCUGUAUUGGAAGUUAGUGAUUCUUCGUCAACCUCUGCCCAGGAAGAGUAUAUUGAUAUUACGGUCAAGUUGACCCCAGAAGAAAUCCAAAGAAGACUGACUUUAUGGUUCAAGAUCAAGCUCUUUCUCUGGGACUCGACGGAUAAGCAUCCCAAAGAGCGGGUUUUUCUUGGAAAAUUGGACUUUUUCUUACUCAGUUCUGCCAUGCUUGGAUACUUCAUCAAGACCCUCAACCAGCAAAAUGUCCAAACUGCCUAUGUCAAUGGUAUGAAAGAGUACUACGAGAUGAACCAAAACCAGUUGAAUUACUUGACCACAUUGUGGACGGUUGGGUAUAUUGUGGGCCAAAUACCUUCCAAUUUGAUUCUUCAUCGAAUCAGUGCCAGAUUCUAUCUUGGUGGAUUGGAGCUCAUUUGGGCAUUUUUAACGAUAAUGAUGAUAACGUGCAAGUCACUCCAUGGGUUAUAUGCAAUUAGGUUUCUUCUAGGAUUGACAGAGGCAGGUUAUUUUCCGGGUUUGGAGUACUUACUUGGUUCGUGGUACUCAAGAAAGGAAUUGACAAAAAGAUCAACUUUUUUCGCAGUCGCUGGAGUAGCCGCCGGGAUGGUUUCAGGUCCCUUACAACAAGCUAUUUUGGGCAGAUUUUCACAUACACAUCUUCCAGCGUUCAAAUGGAUGUUUGUGUUUGACGCUGUCAUUUCGUUUCCAGUUGCAUUCUACACCAUGUUGGUGGACCCCAAUACCCCAUCUAGCACAACUGCGUGGUACUUCACAAAAGAAGAAAAGUUGAUUGGUUUGGAAAGAAGAAGAAGAGUGGGUGCUCAAUUGAACACAAGACAGAAGUAUACCUGGAAGAAAAUCAAGUCCUUCUUCAAUACCUGGCACAUUUUUGUCUUUCCAUUCAUUUUUUUGGCUUACAACAACUCAUGUAUCAUUCUGUCGCAGCCAACUUUUACCACCUGGAUGAAAUAUUCUUUACAUGCCAGUCCCAAAACUUAUAAUACGAUGCCUUCGGCAGUCAAUGGAACUGGAAUUGGCCUCGCUAUCAUCUUUGCUUACCUUAAUGAUUCUCUAGGAGGCAGAAAAAAUUACAUUUUUGUGAGUGCCUUUUUUAUUUCUGUCAUUAUAGCCUGUUCCUCUUUGGCAUACUGGGACUUGCCUCGGGGAUACCAUUGGUUUACUUACUUUCUUGCCGGAGCUGCGGCGGCGUGGGGCCAGCCUCAGAUUUUUUCUUGGGUCAAUAGACUGCUUUUUGCUGAUGACAUGAAGAGAAAUUUUGUGGUUGUAUUGACCAACAAUUUGGCUUAUGUUACCAAUGCUUUCGUUCCCAUAUUUGUAUGGAAUAACCAGGAUGCUCCUCGCUACUUUAUUGGGUACAGCUAUACGGCAACUCUUAGUUCCGUGGGAUUGAUCUUGACGGCUGUUGCAUACUAUUUGUCUCGUCGCGAUGAAGUCCAAGAAGACAAAAAAGAGGUGGAAGUGUUGGAGUGA